AAACAUUUUGUGGGACGGUGAAAAAGAUUUUGACUUUUAGCAAAUAAACACUCUUUCUGUCUCUCUGAUCUCAUUCCUUUUCGUUACCGACCCAAUUUUGCCCCUUACUCCUUCUUCUUCAUCUUCUUCUUCAUCUUCAUCACCUCAACCUCACAUGCUUCUAUCUUGUUGUUAUUCAGAUCAAGUUACAAUCUUCAAUCCGUUCGUUCUUCUUCCCCUUACAAAAAUGUAAUUUUGGCUCUUCCUGUACUAUGGAUGGUAUUCACGGGGAUGAUUCGCGAAUGGAGAAUGGUGAUGGACAACAUCCUAUACAUAUGUCAUAUGAACAUCAUGGAUUGCACCAUAUGAGCAAUGGGAAUGGGAUGGAGGAUGAUCAAAAUAACGGUUGUGGCGGUGAUUCUAACUGCGGUGGAAGUGAAAAUGCGGAAGGUGAUGUACCCUCCAACAAUGGAAAUCUUCAUGACAAUCAAAGUUUAAUAAUGGAUCAAGGGAAUAAUGAUAUUGGAGAUCAGCUUAGUUUGUCUUUUCAAGGACAGGUUUAUGUCUUUGACUCGGUUUCACCAGAAAAGGUUCAAUCUGUACUUCUGUUACUCGGAGGCCGUGAACUUCCUCCAACCAUACCUUCCAUGCCAAUUUCUCCUGACGAAAAUAACCGGGGAUUUACCGGCACUCCACAAAAAUUCAGUGUCUCUCAAAGAUUAGCUUCAUUGAUUAGAUUUCGUGAAAAGCGGAAGGAGCGAAAUUUUGACAAAAAAAUUCGUUAUACUGUUCGUAAAGAAGUAGCAUUAAGGAUGCAAAGAAAUAAAGGCCAGUUUACAUCUUCCAAGUCCAGUCAUGAUGAGUCUGAAAUAAAUUGCGGAACAAAUGAAGGGUUGGUGGCAGACAAUAAUGGAUCCCAACAGCAAGAUACUGUUUGUAGGCACUGUGGCAUCAGUGAGAAGUGCACGCCAAUGAUGCGACGUGGACCUGAAGGGCCAAGAACCCUCUGCAAUGCUUGUGGACUUAUGUGGGCAAAUAAGGGAGCUCUUAGGGACCUAUCAAGAGCCGCAACCUUGCCAACACACAAUUCUCCACUAAACAAGAAUGAGAGUCAAAAUUUGGAGAACAAUCAGACGGUGCUUAGAGAUGCUGCUGAAUCAUCAUGACAGACCUUUAUAUUUUGAUUUCAAUGGAGGGCAGUUCCAUGAAACAAGGGACAUAGCAUAGAGUGCUUUCCCCUUGAUGAGAAAUUACAGGCAGUCUAGUUAGCGCUAUUUCGACAAAAACGUUUAAAAGAGCAUUAUGUAUUUGAUUUUAUAAUAUUAUACAGCUUGUUCCUUAGCAGA